CCGCCAAACGCCACCAGCUUCAUUAUCAAAAUGCCUCGUCUAAAAAAGUCGAAAGGAAAACACGGUUCCGUUUUAUUUAAAUGUUAUAUUUAAUUGUUUCGUCCUUGCCGACAUCAGGGCGGAGGUAUACUCCCUCCCGGGGGAGAUAGGUCCGGGUCCAGCGGUUAGCAUCCGCUUAGCUUAGCCGCGCAGCUGUGGUCCUCCGGAGCGAGUAAAGCGGCGGUUAUCUCGCCCCGCAGCCCGGACAUGGACGAGUUAGUGAGGCGUCUGCCCUCGCCGACUCUCCCGGGGAUGCACCUGCCGUGUCCGGACACCCACAAAGGCUGGCUCUUUAAAUGGACCAACUACCUGAAGGGCUACCAGCGCCGGUGGUUCGUCCUCAGCAACGGCCUGCUGUCCUACUACAGAACGCAGGCAGAGAUGGCGCACACCUGUCGAGGCACCAUCCCCAUGGCGGCCGCCCACAUCGAGCUGGGCGACACCUGCCACUUGAUGAUAACAAGCGCAGGACGCAGCUACCACCUGAAGACCACCUCUGAGGGGGAGUGUCAGCGCUGGGCCUCGGCCUUGCAGCAGGCCAAGGCCAAUGCCACCGCCUUGAUUCAGCACUCGGAUGACUCCGGAGAUGAAGGGACAAGUGUUCAGGAGGACGAUCGAGCCUCAAGCCAAAGCGCUCUGAAGACGUUGGCCAACAAGCUGGACGACUUGAGCACCUGUAAUGAUCUUUUAGGAAAGCAUGGCGCCGCCCUCCAGCGCUCCCUCAGCGAACUCGAGGAACUGCGCGGCUGCGUGGACAGCCCGGACAAAGUGAAAAGCGUUAACGAGCGAGCCACCCUUUUCCGCCUCACCUCCAAUGCUAUGAUCAAUGCUUGUCGUGAGUUCCUAGACGUAGCCGAAUCUCACAGCCGAAGGUGGCAAAAAGCCCUGCAGCAUGAGCGAGAGCAGCGUCACCAUCUGGAAGAAACCAUCGAGCAGCUAGCCAAACAACACAACAGCCUGGAGACGGCCUGGAAGGAGAAGCCCACCUCGUACGCAGGUGUGGAGAGAUCUCGCAAGGGGGACGAGAGCGAAGAAAAUGACGAAUUCUUUGAUGCCAUGGAGGACGCCCCUGCAUUCAUAACAGUGUCCACCAAUGCUGAGACGCAGCACAAACGCUCAGGGAGUACUCAGAGUAUGAUGAGCGGUGGAUUGCCUCAUGACUGGACCCACAACGAGAAUGACACCUCAGGCUCGAACCACAUGCAGCUCCAGAGAACACGACGCAGCCGCAUUCCCGACAAACCCAAUUAUUCCCUGAACCUGUGGAGCAUCAUGAAGAACUGCAUCGGAAAAGACCUGGCAAAGAUACCGAUGCCUGUCAACUUCAACGAGCCGCUGUCCAUGCUGCAGCGCCUGACCGAAGAUCUGGAGUACAGCGAGCUGCUGGACCGGGCGGCUCGCUGCGACUCCUCCCUGGAGCAGAUGUGCCUGGUGGCCGCCUUCUCGGUGUCCUCCUACUCCACCACCGUCCAUCGCACGGCCAAGCCCUUCAACCCUCUGCUGGGCGAGACGUACGAGCUGGAUCGCCUGGAGGAGUACGGCUACCGCUCCAUCUGCGAGCAGGUGAGUCAUCACCCCCCAGCCGCCGCCCACCACGUCAUCUCUCAGCGAGGAUGGACGCUCUGGCAAUCCAUCACGAUUGAUAGCAAAUUCCGUGGGAAGUACGUGUCCGUCAUGCCGCUAGGAAACAUCCACUUGCAGUUCCACUCCAGUGGGAACCACUACGUGUGGAGCAAAGUCACAUCAACGGUGCACAAUAUUAUCGUAGGGAAACUCUGGAUUGACCAGUCAGGGGACAUCGACGUGGUCAACAACACCACCAAGGACAUGUGUCACCUCAAGUUCUCCCCCUACAGCUACUUCUGUAGAGACGCCCCACGCAAGGUGACUGGCGUGGUGGAGGACAAAGAAGGCACAGCACAUUACAUCCUGUCAGGAACCUGGGAUGAGAAGAUGGAGAGCGGCAAGAUAGUGAACAGCAGCCAAGGCUGCGGAGGCUCCGAAGGCAAACAAAAGACGGUUUACCAGACUCUCCCCUCCAAACUUCUGUGGAAGAAAUACCCUCUCCCGGAUAACGCGGAGAACAUGCACUACUUCUCCGCCUUGGCUUUGACUUUGAACGAGCAGGAAGACGGCGUGGCGCCCACCGACAGCCGCCUGCGUCCCGACCAGCGGCUGAUGGAGGCCGGGCUGUGGGACGAAGCAAACGCCCACAAGCAGCGGCUGGAGGAAUGCCAGCGGCUGGAGAGGAAGAGGAGGGAGGUGCAAGCCACCCAAGCCCUGCAGGAAGGGCAAGAGGUGGAGGUGUACCAGCCUCUGUGGUUUGAGAAGAGACUGGACGACAGCACGAGAGAAAGCAGCUACAUCUACAGAGGAGGCUACUGGGAGGCCAAAGACAGGCAAGACUGGAGACAGUGCCCUGACAUCUUCUAGAACACAAACACUGUACUCAUGCUCACGAAAAAUGUCACUCCGACAAAUGCCAAGCUUUUCUGUCGGACAUGGAUCACAUACGAACCAAAAACUGACAGCCGUUGUUGUGUCUGGGAAGGAAAGAGAAGCUGAAUGUCUUUAUGCAUAAUUGCGACAAAAUCCUUCCGGGGUAAAUGACUUGACUCUCGCAGCAGGACUUUUUAAUGUGGGGCUGCAGGGUCAGCCAAAACCAAGACUGCUUUACAGGCAAACGCUUUGGAAAUAAUCAUUGUUGUUAUAGCAGUAGACUACAAUCAUUUUUCAUGUUAAAAGUAGAUUGACUAGUCGUGCUAGUGGUCAUUGUAGUAGAAUGCUACCGAUAGCUCGUAGAAAUAGACCUAAUGUCUACCUUUUACCUGGAGAAAGUGUCGGACAUCCCACAACAAAUACAGUAUAUUUAUUACAUGUCAAUAUUACCUGAGCGGGUCUAGCUUGUGCGAUGGAUUUAUUGCUGUAUCAUUGGAAUCGGUACCAAUACCAGUCAAAAGUAUGCAGACAUCCUCCAAUGUACAAACCCCAUUUCCAUAUGACUUGGGAAAUUGUGUUAGAUGUAAAUAUAAACGGAAUAUAAUGAUUUGCAAAUCUUUUUUAACCCAUAUUCAGUUGAAUAUGCUACAAAGACAACAUAUUUGAUGUUCAAGCUGAUAAACACUUUUUUUUGUGCAAAUAAUCAUUAACUUUAGAAUUUGAUGCCAGCAACACGUGAAAAAGAAGUUGGGAAAGGUGGGAAUAAAUACUGAUAAAGUUGAGCAAUGCUCAUCAAACACUUAUUUGGAACAUCCCACAAGUGUGCAGGCUAAUUGGGAAUAGGUGGGUGCCAUGAUUGGGUAUAAAAACAGCUUCCCAAAAAAUGCUCAGUCUUUCACAAGAAAGGAUGGGGCGAGGUACACCCCUUUGUCCACAACUGCGUGAACAAAUAGUCAAACUGUUUAAGAACAACGUUUCUCAAAGUGCAAUUGCAAGAAAUUUAGGGAUUUCAACAUCUACGGGCCAUAAUAUCAUCAAAAGGUUCAGAGAAUCUGAAGAAAUCACUCCACGUAAGCAGCAUGGCCGGAAACCAACAUUGAAUGACCGUGACCUUCGAUCCCUCAGACGGCACUGUAUCACAAACCGACAUCAAUAGCUGAAGGAUAUCACCACAUGGGAUCAGGAACACUUCAGAAAACCACCGUCACUAAAUACAGUUCGGCGCUACAUCUGUAAGUGUAAGUUAAAGCUCUACUAUGCAAAGCGAAAGACAUUCAUCAACAACAUCCAGAAACGCCGCAGGCUUCUCUGGGCCCGAGAUCAUCUAAGAUGGACUGAUGCAAAGUGGAAAAGUGUUCUGUGGUCUGACGAGUCCACAUUUCAAAUUGUUUUUGGAAAUAUUCGACAUUGUGUCAUAUAGCGAACCAUCCAGACUGUUAUCGACGCAAAGUUCAAAAGCCAGCAUCUGUGAUGGUAUGGGGGUGCAUUAGUGCCCAAGACAUGGGUAACUUACACAUCUGUGAAGGCACCAUUAAUGCUGAAAGGUACAUACAGGUUUUGGAACAACAUAUGCUGCCAUCUAAGCGCCGUCUUUUUCAUGGACGCCCCUGCUUAUUUUAGCAAGACAAUGCCAAGCCACAUUCAGCACGUGUUACAACAGCGUGACUUCGUAUAAAAAAGAGUGCGGGUACUUUCCUGGCCCGCCUGCAGUCCAGACAUGUCUCCCAUGGAAAAUGUGUGGCCAUUAUGAAGCGUAAAAUACGACAGCGGAGACCCCGGACUGUUGAACGACUGAAACUCUACAUAAAACAAGAAUGGGAAAGAAUUCCACUUUCAAAACUUCAACAAUUAGUUUCCUCAGUUCCCAAAUGUUUAUUGAGUGUUGUUAAAAAAAAGGUGAUGUAACACAGUGGUGAACAUGCCCUUUCCCAACUACUUUGGCACUUGUUGCAGACAUGAAAUUCUAAGUUAGUUAUUAUUUGCAAAAAAAAAAAAAGUUUGAGUUUGAACAUCAAAUAUCUUUUCUUUGUAGUGCAUUCAACUGAAUAUGGGUUGAAAAUGAUUUGCAAAUCAUUGUAUUCCGUUUAUAUUUACAUCCAACACAAUUUCCCAACUCUCAUGGAAACGGGGUUUGUAUAUAUAUACAAUUAUACUAGUCAACUGCAAUAAAUGUAUAUCCGUGCAUCCAUUUUUCUACCGCUUGUCCCUGUCGGGGUCGCGGGGAUGCUGGAGCCUAUCUCAUCUGCAUUCGGGCGGAUGGCAGAGUACACUCUGGACAAGUCGCCAGCUCAUCAUUGGGCCAAUACAGACAACAUCCAUUCACAUUAUGAAUUAAAAAUAACAACACACUUAAAUAAUAUUGGUAAUAUGGGUGGUUACCUUUUAGACAUGUACGCAAUAAGAAAGCUGCAGUUACUUGUGAAUAGAAUGAAAAUAGUGCAAAUUGUGUUUCUAUGUUGCACAAAAAAAUAGCCUACAGCAGCUUAGCUCUGACAUACGUGCACAAUAUAUUAUAAAUAGUAGUGACCUGUUUAUUUACGGGUUUUGUCGUGUAGACGUGAAUAACUCACUGGUUGAGUUUGGCCUGUAUAUAGCAAAACGUGUUAUUAUUCAGUUACUGUAGAAAUGAUACUUGAAUAUCCAUAUUUAACGAAAUGAUUUGUUGGUAAGGUGUUGGCUUGAAUUACUCACUUUAUGAGAUGCAUUGUUCCAAUAAAGCACAACUUAGAAGUUUACCUCCAACUUAAUACUACAUGUUACCUAAAUAACUGAGGUUUUGAUGCACUACAUGUACUGUACAUGUACCGUACUGUAGCUAUGCAUGUUUUUUAGGGGGGAUGGUGCAAAGUCGUGUCCCUUUCACCCGGACUCUCAUUACUGAAAUGUGAUGUGAAAUCACCAUUUGUGCCCAAAGACCUUUGAAAAUGUUACUUUUUUUUUUUUUUUUAGCUCAAAUAAAAAACAUGAAGGUGUC